GGAUUCAUUUCCGCAGCCGACGACUCCUGCUCUUAAUUAUUUACACCUGAUCACGUCGCGGUGCUGAACAACCGUUUGCCUAAGUUUGAGUGACGGUUUCUAGGGUUCUACGCCGCCGGAUUGGAUUCUAUGUGCCAUUUUUGGUCGUGUGUGCAGGCUAUAUACUGAUCUCCCACGACUGCUGGGCGAUCCAGAAGUCCAAGCUGCGAUCACAGUUUCUGGUUCAGAGGUCAAGGGCGACCGAUGGGGGUGGAUCAAGUGCUCGUAGGGAUCCAACCUCAAGAACUUAAAUUCACAUUUGAGCUGAAGAAGCAAAGUUCAUGUUCUGCUCAACUUACCAACAAUUCAUCAGAAUAUAUUGCUUUCAAGGUUAAUGCUUGUUGCUGUCAAAACAACAUCUCCUAAGCGAUACUGUGUACGACCCAAUACAGGCAUUAUUCUACCCAGAUCAGCAUGCGACUUUACAGUUACCAUGCAAGCACUAAAGGAAGCUCCGUCUGAUUUUCAACUAAAAGACAAGUUUCUGGUCCAGAGCACAGUUGUUCCCUAUGGCACUACAGAUGAGGACAUUGUGCCAAGUUUUUUCUCUAAGGAAAAUGGUAGAUACAUUCAAGAGAACAAAUUAAAAGUUGUCCUUGUUAGCCCUCCUACUCUUGCAUUACCAGAACCAUUUAAUGGGACUUCCAUACAAAAGCCAGCUUAUGAAAUCAUUGAGUCUGCAGAGACUUGUAUUGCCAGCAAUGAUGUUUCACAACAUGAACCAGCUAAUGAAGUUUCUAAUUCGAAAAUGCCCUCUAAUUCAAAUGAAGUAUCUGAUUUGAAAAAGUUUUCUGAAUCAAAGGAUGAUAAUGUGGAGCAGGAGUCCAUUCAUCAAAAUCAUAAGUCAAAUGAGACACAUAUUUCAAGUGAUCAAGCAUUCAAUGAAGUGGACAGCAUCCCUCCAUCUCUUGUUGAGAAGGAUAUUGAGGAAUUAAGGUUGAAGCUUGGCAAUCUCGAAUUGAAACUAAAUGAGGCUGAGAAGACGAUAAUGAAUCUGAGGAAAGAGAAGGAUUCUGCCUCACAAGAGGGAAAUAAAUUGCAACAAGAAAUUGCUUUGCUGAGGACCAAAUGCUCAGCUAGAGUUCAGGCUGGUUUUCCUUUUCUCUUUGUAGUCUACAUGACACUUGCUGGUUUGGCACUUGGACAUCUCUUGCACUUGUGAAGGUCGUCUACCAGGAUCUUUAAUCACAGAGCUAGAAUUAAUACUUUGUAUCACCAGUAUAUUAUCACCAUUGCCAACUAUCCAAGAUUUAUGUUUUUUUUCAAGCUUUUCACCCAUGAGGCCAUGACCAUGUACAUGAUCUAUAAACGUAAAAUGUGUCUAUUCAGUUUCUUUUU